AUGAAAACAAGUAAAUUGUUUGUAGCGAUCCUUUUGGCAAUUACUCUCCUAGUCAUGCUAGUGGUUCUUCCAGCUUGGACACAUGCCACAGAAAGCAGCAUGGGACCACAAGACGACAUGCAAAAGAAGAGACCUUCAAAGCCAUCGCCCUCUCAAAGACCCCCAAGACCACAACCUUCUCAAAGACCACCACUUCCUGAGCCAUCUCAACGUCCUCCAAGGCCAUCUCCAUCUCAAAGACCACCAAAGCCAAGGCCAUCAUCUCAAAGACCUCCUCGUCCAGAGCCAUCUCAAAGAUCAUUCAAACCUCAAAGAGAAGCAACCAACAUGGAGCUUGAAUCUGUUGCUCUACAUGAAGAAGAACCACACAAUGAUGUCGAAGAGGAACAACCAAAUCAGAGACCUCCAAAGCCAUCGCCCUCUCAAAGACCUCCAAGACCACAACCUUCUCAAAGACCACCACGUCCUGAGCCAUCUCAACGUCCUCCAAGACCAUCUCCAUCUCAAAGACCACCAAGGCCAACUCCAUCUUCUGAGAAACCAAAGAAAGGUAAAGCUACUGAAGGUGAGCAACCUGAUCAAGAGGAAUCUGGUUCUCAACAAGGAAAGAAAAAGGAUCAAGAUAUGCAUCGUGGUUCUGAAAAAAGACCUCGUUUUUCUAUGAAUCUAGGUCUUCUCAUUGCAGGUUCUUUCGCUACCUUGUAUUGUUUGGCUGUUGGAAGUGUUUUGGGAGUUGCUUAUUGUUGGUUCCGAAGAAAUAAGAAACGACAAGAAACCUUAUUGUCCAAUGAUCAAGUGGCCAAUAACCAUAAUAAUAUUCAAGGAGCUGUUCAAACUGAUACUCAUAUGAGAUUGCAAGAGGAGGAAGAUGUUGAAAUGCAACCACCAGUGAUGUCUCUUCAACAACAAGCUCACAUUCAACCUCAGUAUAUUCAAUUAUGUCCAAGUUUGAUAGUUCCACAACAGCAACCACCUAUGGCCAUUAACAAUGAUGUCCGUGUGUAA